UGCAAUUUUCAAAUUCUGCAUUCCUCCCUCUCUCUCUCUCUCUCUCUCUCUCUCUCUCUCUCUCAACACACACACACAGUCUGCUAGACGCAGGUCACAGUUUCCAUUCUCGAGUUUAAUCGAUAAUUCAAUAAUUCUCGAGUAGACGUUUUUCCAGGUGAAAGGAUUCUUCAGGUAUAGAGAUUAUGGGUGUUGAAAAUUAUCAUGUUAUCGAGCUUGUGGGCGAGGGAUCAUUUGGAAAAGUGUACAAAGGGCGCCGGAAGUUCAGUGGUCAGACGGUUGCGAUGAAGUUUAUUCCUAAACAUGGAAAAAGUGAGAAGGAUGUUUUGAACUUGAGACAGGAAAUAGAGAUCCUAAGAAAAUUGAAGCAUGAAAAUAUUAUAGCAAUGUUGGACUCAUUUGAAGGCCCACAAGAGUUCUGUGUUGUUACAGAAUUUGCACAAGGUGAGCUUUUUGAAAUUCUGGAGGAUGACAAAUGUCUUCCUGAAGAACAAGUUCAAGCAAUUGCGAAACAGCUGGUAAGAGCAUUGCAUUAUCUCCACUCAAACCGUAUAAUUCACCGUGACAUGAAACCACAAAACAUUCUCAUUGGUGCUGGCUCUAUUGUGAAGCUUUGCGAUUUUGGAUUUGCACGUGCAAUGUCUGCAAACACUGUAGUCCUGAGGUCCAUUAAAGGAACACCUCUGUACAUGGCGCCGGAAUUAGUACGAGAGCAACCGUACAACCAUACUGCAGAUCUGUGGUCCCUUGGCGUUAUUUUGUAUGAACUAUUUGUUGGCCAACCUCCAUUCUAUACAAAUUCAGUUUAUGCACUUAUACGGCACAUCAUUAAGGAUCCAGUUAAGUAUCCAGACAAUAUGAGCAUAAACUUCAAAAGUUUCUUACAGGGGCUGCUUAACAAGGUUCCUCAGCAAAGACUGACAUGGCCUGCUCUUCUUGAACAUCCAUUUGUUAAAGAUGCUUCUGCAGAAAUGGAACAGGAGUUAUGCUCUGUGACAACAGCAUCUCCAAGAGGUUUUGGUGGAGCUGUGAGGCAAGAAAAAAGUGCUCAAAGGCCUAGUGGAUUUACGGGUGCAAGUCCAGAGAGUAGGAAUCCAUGCUCCCUAGUGGAUCCUCAUACCAAUAGUGCUAUCUCUACGACAAACAAUAUGAAGCCAAAGGAGGAGUUUCCAGGGUUUCUCGGUCAGGGCGGUAAUGUACAGUCAGGUUGCCAAGUGCUGGACCGUUUAGAAAAUAAUUCCCGAACGGUUAAGGGUGCAAAAAUGAUUGGUCAAGACAAUGAAGCAUUGUCAGCCGUUCUGCUACCAUUUAAAAAACUCUCUGAUGGACUGCAAACCUCCUGCAGGGAUCAGGAUGUUGUGACUUUGAACCAGUCCUUGAGAAUUCUUGCAAACUUAAUUGGCGCAGGAGCUAUCAGUUCAAGGGGGAUUAUGGAUGAAAUGAUUAAUGAACUUCUUGGAUUCAAUACCGCUCUAAUUCGAUUGAAAAUAUCUGAUGGGAAUGACUUGAUGGCGAAGAGCUUCUCAGUCAUUAAAAGAUUGCUAGACAAUUGUGGAGGUAGUUUUGGUGAUCCUUAUUUCAGGCAUUGGGUUGCCAUUGUCGGAUUAUAUGCACAGGUUGCAGGUUGUGGUGAUGAAAUUUCUGGAAGAGUUCUUUACGAGUGCACAUCAUGUGUUGCAGUCAUGUUAUCUCAAGUUGCACAAUCUUUAAGAGCAUCUGCAGUCACUUCAAACCUUGAUGCAGCUUCCAGUUCACUGCCAGUAAAUAAAACUAUUCAACAAAUUCUGGAUCAUGCAAAGUCUUCAGGUGUACUCAAUUGUUUGUGCUUGACCUUGGAGUCCUCUGGCCUAAGUCUCAUAUCAGGAUCAACAAAUUUGUUGCGAGCUGCCUGUGAAUCCUGCAGGGGAAUUUGGUCACUCAUUGAUGCGUUUGAACUUCUUUCUCAGAAAGGAUGUGUAUUGUUUCCAUUGAACUCUUUGCGGAGCCAUUCUCUACUUCGCCUUGAUAUUAAGGACUUUGAUGAGGCACCAUCAUAUGGAAGAGAUUUAGGAGAAGCCAUUGAUUCUAUCGCUAGAGCUUUUCUUAAGUCAAAAGCCGUACAGGUUGCUAUAUAUUUUUGUCUUCACCAACGUCAUGAGAUAGGUCUCUGUGCUGGGAUGCAGCUUAUUUUGAGAUGUUGCAUGCACAAUGAUGUUAUCACGAACAUCCUCUGUGGAUUACCAAGCAAACUACCUGCAACUACAGUUGUGAGUGGUGGUGGAGAUGGUACAAUUGUUUCGGAGAUCUUCUCCGUACUAUCUCUGUGUACUGCUUCAAAUAAAGAGACUAAUGAUGCAGAAGCAGAUAAUUCAAGACUCAAGGUCAUGGAUAAAAAUGCGUUGGUUAUGAACUCAUGUCUUGUCCUUGCGGCAGUUGCUCAGUGCUUGAAAUCAUCUGGAAGAAAUUCUGCAUUGUUCAUGUUGACUACAUCUUCAAAAAAGCAGUUUACUCGUCUCUCUGUCCUUUCAAACCAUAUUUCUUCAGACGAAAGGAUGCAGUCGUCAUUGCAACCUUCCUGUUCAGCUGCCAUGCUUGCUCUUGCAUCCAUCCUAUCUCUUGAGAAGGGGACUUUGGUUGAAAAUGCCAUUUCUGAAAUGGCUCUUCCAUUAAUUCCACGAACAGCAACUCUGUGCGACCAUCUCAAAGGUCCAGCAAGUGAUGAAAAUGUCACGAACCUUACCGAACCAAGAGGAAUGCUUCCUUGCAGGUAUGGCAUCCGGGAUGGCUCUAUUGGGUUGUUGGAGUCUAGACUGAACUGGGGAGGACCUCUGGCUGUGCAACAACUAUGUGCAAGUGGUGCUCCACAGCUUCUCAUUGAUUUAUUGGCUAACCAUGUUUCAAUAGGUUCUCAGAAACCUGGCUACAGAAAAGAUCUCGGAUUAUCACCUUCUGGGGUUGUGUGGACUGUUUCUUCAAUAUGUCAAUGCCUUUCUGGUGGAGUUCCGACAUUUCGUCAGAUUUUGCUGAGGACUGAACACAUCAAGUGCAUUACUGAUCUAAUAUCGGACUCUCAUCUUAAGCUUGUUACAUCCUGGACUGGACCUGGGGGAGGGACAUAUGGUGUGAGAGAGACAGUAAAUGCAGUAAUUGACUUUUUAGCAUUCCCUUUUGUAGCUGUACAAAGUGCACCUGGUCUACCUUCUGCUAAUGCUUCAGUGAAUAGUGGUUACGUCCUGAAUAUGGGCUCUCCUGGAGGGAGGGUUUGUGUUGAAGACAGAGACAUGAUGAGAACAAUACAGGGAGGCAUGAAAAAGUAUAUUCAGAUUCUUGAGGAGGUUGAAGUCCCAACAAUCAUCCUCCGAUGCUUGGACCACAUGGAACUGAAAGAUAUAGCAAGGCCAGUUGCAUUUAUUGCCAAGCUAUGUAUCCAACAGCCACUUGCUGUUCAACUUAUAAGCAAAGGCUUGCUGGAGCCAACCAGAGCAAAAAUGUUGCUUAAUAGCCCCUGCCCUAGGGAAGUCACCCUAGACUUUCUUAUGAUUGUUUCAGACUUGGCUCGAAUGGACAAGAAAUUUUAUGAAUACAUCGAUGCGGCUGACAUCUUGGAAGAUCUGAGGCGCUUUCUCACCCAUGAAGACUCCAACUUGCGUGCCAAGACCUGCAGUGCUAUAGGAAACAUGUGCCGUCAUAGCUCCUAUUUCUAUAGUUUACUGGCAAAACAUCAUAUCAUCAGUCUCCUUAUUGAUCGAUGCGCUGAUCCUGACAAACGGACGAGAAAAUUUGCCUGUUUUGCUGUGGGGAAUGCAGCCUAUCAUAAUGACUCGUUAUAUGAUGAACUCAGAAGAGCCAUCCCUCAGCUGACAAAUUUGCUGCUUGCAGGAGAGGAAGACAAAACUAAAGCAAAUGCUGCCGGUGCUCUUAGUAAUCUCGUUCGCAACUCCAACCGUCUCUGUGAGGACAUAGUCUCCAAGGGAGCCGUGCAGGCAUUGCUGAAGGUGGUGGCAGAUUGUUCAACGGCAGCAUUGAACCCGAGAAGAGACGCCAUAAACGAGUCUCCUCUAAAGAUAGCUUUGUUUUCUCUCGUGAAGAUGUCUGCUUAUCCGCUGUGCCGGCAGUUCAUCCGGUUGUCGGAGCUAUUCCCGCUUAUAGUGCAGCUCCGGCAAUCACCGGAAUCCAACAUAGCUAACUAUGCAACCUUCAUCACUAGUAAAGCAGAAUCGUGAUGAAAUGCACUUCUUGCUAAUUACUUGUUCUAUAUAAUACUGCAUUUUUCUUCUUGUAUAUAAUUAUUUCACAGUACGUGCCACUGUAUGCUCACCUCUUUUGACAAUAAAGUGAUAUAGCAUCAAACUUAUUCUA